GCUGAGAGGAGAGGGAAAGCUACGGUGGAUCUCAAGCCAAUCUCCACUCUCAUGUCUUCCUUUCUCCGCAUCAUGAAACACCAUGGUUAUAUCAGGGACUUUCAAGUCUAUGAUCCGCAUAGAGUGGGGAGGAUCACGGUUGAACUGCAAGGUAGGAUUAAUGAUUGCAAGGCCCUUACUUUCCGAAAAGACCUCAAGGCAAGGGAUAUUGAAGCCUACAGAUUAAAGACUCUUCCAACGCAUCAGUGGGGUUAUGUUGUGAUUACAACUCCUGAUGGUAUUUUGGAUCAUGAAGAGGCGAUUAAAAAGAAUGUAGGUGGCCAGGUUCUUGGUUUCUUUCACUAGAAUGAUCAUUUGUCUGCUAUUUUGACCAGGUAUUAUGUUCAUCUAUGUUUCCAGAUAAACAUUCAAAGAAUGUUUUAUGUUUUAUGUUUUAUGUGAAGACAGAAUGCUUUUCUCCUGUAUGAAGGUUAUAACAUAGCAGCUCAUGCAUGAUGAGUAUGGUA